AGCAGUGGCCAUUUAUAGUCUGAUGAUGUAUGUUACAUAAAUACGAUAACAUGCAAAUCGUCACUUGCUAUUAAAAUGAGACUGCACAUACGUUGUAACACAGCUCGCCUUACGAUAUAAUAUUUUCAACAACCGAAUAGUUUUCGUUCGUACGUCAACAAUAAUAAACUGUUUUACAGCAGACAUAAAACGAAAUGCAGUAUUUCUUCGAUUAGUUGUUAUUUAUUUUUGGAGGAAAAUGCUCGUGUCGCUCUCUCUUGUUCUAUAUACACUUUGUGGCGCAGCUAGAGGAGAUAUAGACUCAUUAUACUAUCAAAUGGUAUCUUCGGAAGUACCUCCAAAUGUACAGGACCCGCUAAACUAUGACAACUACACAGACACAUUCGAUACUCCGGCAAAAAACGAUUCUUUACUAUUUGAUACAUUCGUCAGUGUACUAACAGAAGUGUCCACAGAACAAUUGAGGAAUGUGAAAAGCAACAUCAUGAAUAACUACGAUCUACACCGCGCGGAUGUCGCAGACAUUAAACGAGCAUUCAUCAACAUCGAAGACAAAUACACAGACAUCAUUAACGGAAAACUGAAAACUAUGUUAGAUGGAAAACCAAUAAACAUUACCGACCAUUUUAUGAUAGAUUUUAUGGAUGUUUCGAAUUACAUAUUGGAAAAGGUAUUAAGGUAUCACAUAAAAAAUGUCAAGGGGAAAAUUAUGACGCAGACGAAAUGGUACAGGCAAACUUUGAAAGAGAAGAUCGUUCGGCAACAGACGAAAAUAUCGUUUAAUUACAUAGAGAACAGUAUCUGCGAUACCCUGCAGGUGUGCCGAGACAGGUACUACUACAGCGACUACUUGACGGAUUGGUUGCGGACCUUGAUGAACGUGUCGCCUCGGGAUCUGAAGCGAUUUUUUGUGCCGAUCACAGAAGUAUUGGAGACUCACAAGUAUUUCAUAAAAUCCAAUAUAAAAUUCCGACAAACAAUAAAGUACAUAAUAAAUGCCGAAACGAUUGUGAAGAGAGAUACACUGGACUUCCUGGACGAAGUGUUGACGAAUCCUGACAUCGUGUUGAAGCAAGCUCCGAAUGAUUUGAAGCCGAGCGUGACGCUUCUGCGAGAGUUGUUCAGUCUCAUUGACGGCGCGUAUGACGUAAACGAUCAGAAUAUAGAACAGUUAGAAAACAUAACAGAAAUGUUAAGAGAUUGGAUCGAAGGGAAGAGUUUCGAUGUUCACAGAGUUCUCAACGCUAUAGUAGAGAACAUUAGAGUCAAUUUAAAAGUAUGGCCGCUAGACAUUCAGAGUAAAAUCUACUACGUGUGGUCUGAAAUCAUAGUGCUAUGAAUAAAUGUUUUAGUUAGUUUUUCUAUGAGUUAUAAGAAUUUUAUAGUAAACAUAAAAUUUCAUGGUUGAUUGUUUCCGGAGGUUUGAACAUGAAUCUUGAAGAAAUUCGUGAGUGCGAGAGUAUUUAUUCUGUUGUAUUAACGACUGUAAGUCAAGUGGUAUAAAGUGCAUAAUCGAGUUUAAUCUCAUUCGGUACAAUGAAAUCUGUUACAAACUAUUGUGCUAAUGUUAAUUACAUUGCAGAUUAAUUUGGCAAAGUUGUAUAAUUGCUCCCAUUACGAUAAAAAUAUUCUAUAGACAGUUAGACUUAAAAAUACCAAUCUAUAUUAAUAUCGUACUAAGCAAACCAGGGGCCUUAGUAGUAAAGCGCUGACCGUGCUCUUGCUUCGUUUUCGUUCAACGUAAAGCAAACUCGUACUAAGGGUACAGGUAAAGGAUUUCCCAAAUAAGUAUUAUACAGUUGGUAGCAAACUUUCGUAACAUUUACUGACAGUUUCUACCUAAACCUCAGAAUGAUUCACGUCCUGCUGAGGACCGAAUUGUUGAGAAAUUCUCUGAA